GCGACUUAACAUUUCAAGGUGAUCUACUUGCAGAUGCACUACAUUCGCUGAAAGCGCCGAAGAACGACAAGGUAAUCAUAUUGUUUGCCUUUACGUUUCAUGAUAUUAAAUGAACAAAACUCAAGAAAGUGUCAUUUUCGGACUUCACUUUUCUAUCCAGUUUAUCAAAUAUCUUGGUAGACAAUUAAAAAGAGAAUUUCUUACCCCACUGAUUUUUUUGCUCCUACUAAUAAUUGUUACUGGUCUUUGUAAGUGUAGAAAGAAACAAAAAUAACAAUAAUCAACUUGUUUUCGACAGAUGAAUAUUCUGCUUAUCAAAUCGGAUUGAUAUCCUCCAACUUUUUUGAUGCUUUGACUACCAAAAAUUAUGACAGAUUUAUAUGGACUUUAAAAUUAUCAAUAAUGUAUAUAUUUUGUGGCUCUUUGGCUCUAGGUGUACAAAAUAUGGUUGUGGGACAAUUAUCGUUAAUAUUACGUGAAAUUUUAACCAAGAAUUUACAAAGUCUAUAUUUUAAACGAAAAAAUUACUAUGUUGUAAAUACUCUUACUGAUUUAGACAACCCUGAUCAACGUCUUACUCAAGAUAUCAAUUUAGCUUGUGACCUGCUGACCAAUAUAAUUGUAUCAAUAACUGUGAAUCCAACAUUAGUCGUAUUCUAUACAUAUCUAUGUGUACAAAAAGCUGGUUGGUUAGGUCCAGUCUCAGCUUACAUCCUAUUCAUUAUAUUUGCAAUAAUUUCGCGAUUCGUCGCCUCUUGGAGUUCUCGUGCUUCAUUUGAACGUCAGAAACAAGAAGGCAAUUUUAGGUUUGUUCAUACAAAACUAAGAUGCUCAGUCGAAAGUGCUGCAUUUCUUGAUUUGAGUGAAUCAUUAAAUGCCAUUUCAACGAAUUCAUUCAAUCGGUUAUUUCAUGCUGUACGAGUUUUUAUUAAUCGUAAUGCUGUAGUAUUUUAUUUAACACAACUUAAUGCAUAUUGUGGUGGUGUAGUAAAUUAUGUCGCUCUUGGAAUCAUUCUGUUCAAUGGUCCAAUUCGAACAAUGUCAGCAUCUGAAAUCACUGUUCUUAUUAGUCAGACUAGUUUCUUUCUUCUGUAUUUAAUUAAUAAAUUAACAAAUUUAAUUAAUUUAUCUACUGAUAUUGCUCAAUUAGUUGGUGUUGGACAUCGCAUUUUAAACUUGGACAAAUAUUUAAGAGAAAUUAAUUUAUAUGAUACUCCAGCUGCUUAUAUCACAUCUUAUCAAACUCAAUGGUUAUUUAUUAGAUCAAAAAUAUUCAGCCCCAUACACGAUAUCAUUGACAGGGAUAAUAAUUGUUUACUGGAUGAUAUUGUUUUUCAAAUCAAUCAUGUAUCAAUAUGUAUUCCAUUGAAUCCUAAUAAUGUUUUAAUUCAUGACUUAUGUUUAACUAUUAAAAAGCAUGAAGCCCUACUUAUCACUGGUCCGAGCGGUGUUGGUAAAACUGCUUUAUUUCGUGUUUUAGCUGGUCUAUGGCCAGGUCUCAUCUUAAUGAAUAAUAAUUCAGGGAAUAAUAAUGCAAUCAAUUCAUUAUAUCAUUUCUACCAGUCGGAUAAUUUCCGAGUUGUUUUUAUUCCACAAGUAUUAUACAUACCAUGGAUGACAAUUCAAUUAAAUAAUGAAUUUUACAAGUUAUUAACAAGUUUACAUUGUUUCAUGAUGGCAUCAAAUUCAUUAAUAUUAUCGAAUUUCCGUAGAGAACUACAUUUGUGUUAUUUAUUAUUGAAUAUAGCAUAUUCUUUCGAUAGUCAAUCUACUGGUGGGCUUGAUGCUAGAGCUACAACAUUUGAUAUUGACAAUUCUGAAGCAAACUUAACUAGUCAUAAUUCUACAAGAAAACAAAAUUCCAAAUGUUCAAUUUGUUAUUAUAAUCUGGAUUCUUUCGAAAAAGCCUUAAGUUUACUCGUUGAAUUUCGUCUUAUCAAAUUAGAACAAUGUAAUACAUUAAAACAAAUUCUUAAAUUAUAUUAUAACAAUGAAAAUAAUAAUGGUAAUAAUACUAUUAUUGAUGAUGGUAUUUAUUCUAAAAAUCAAUAUCGAAUUCCAUUAUUAACUGAUAUUUGUUAUAAUGGUUGUUCUGUUAGAUCAGAGAAAUCCGAGUAUGAAUUUGAUUCAAAAUAAAAAAAAUUCAAACAAUUGCAUUGCUCACAAUUGAUUGAUCACUGGGUGGUGAUCAAUGUCAUGCUUAUCUAGUCCUUAUUAGUGCAGAUCGAAUGCUAUCGAUCAUGUUGCAAUGUGGCCACCAGUCUAGGUGACUCGACACUGCGGGCACUAUGUAUUGAGAUUUAGAUGGUGGUUGGAGGUAGUCAACAGGAAACCCUGGACCCGGGUUUCGUGCUACUUGGCACUCGUCAACAAGGUGUACCUGUAAUCUCGAGGGAACCGAUGCUUCCUGGCGGAUUCGAUCUCGUGUCACCCAGCUUCACAGUCAGAGACGUUACCACUGAGCUAUCCGAGCCGUGCUCUCCCUCGUUCCUAAACAGUUAUUCAAUUAUUCACCCGGUGAAUUACAACGAUUAACAAUUGCGGCUGUAUGUUUUUAUCAACCAGAUAUGAUAUUUAUGGAUGAAUCUACAAGUCAAUUAAGUGUAACUGAUGAAGCACAAGCCUAUUUAAGUCUUUCUAAAAGA